AUGGACUACGACCGCAACGACGCACUCCUUCAUUGGCUCUUCCGCCAAACACAGGGUGAUGCUUGGUUCCGCCCAAACGAGGAAAAUAUAUCGUCUGGUGUUGCCUUGAGAGUGGCAUCCGAUGAGUUUCGCGUCUUCCCCUACGAAAACGCAAACCUCGAACCAUUCGAGACGGCUGUGUCUGCGCUCAAUCCCGUUGUUGCCGUUAAAGUCAGAUCAGCGGCGGUCCAUGCUGCUUUGGGCGAGGUCGCGGCAGAUGAGAAGAGCAUCUACGUCGAUGCUGAGACCCGCAUCCAAAUCCUGGAGACGAUGCUCAUGCUUCCGCAGGCGGAUAAAGAGCAGUGCGCGGCGUUCAUCAGAGACGAACGUGUACUGGUAAUCUGGUCCGAGUCCCUCGACCACAUCAUCCCCAUUUGCCAUGACUUUGAAGAACGCCUCAUCAAGCUCCUAUGGCGCAGUCGCCCGCUCGCCGCGGCUCCCUCUUCGAGCUACAACACCACGAACGUGUCUUCCGCCGGGAGCGCGGUGGACGUGUCGGGGAGCAACGAGGCGUUUGCAAGAGGGUCAAUUGCACGGGAUGGGGAUGAGGAGGAGGAGAAGGUAGCUGCAGAGAAGAGUGAGGGUGGAGAUGUGGAGGCUCCAGAGAGGAGGAGGAGGACAACGAGGACGUGGUAUGGGAGGAAGAUAGUUAUUGAUGAUGAUGAUGGGCUAGAGGAUGCGGAAGGGUUCAGGGGGGAGGAAAGGCGGAAGAUUAAGCUUUACUCGCCUUUAUAUAGUGGGUUGGCAGCUGGGGCCGCUGUUGUUUUCGUUGGGAAUGGUGUCCGAACUCUGCUGGUAGAAUGGACUCUUGACGGAGAUUUUAUCCGCUUCGCACUGCUCGCUGCCGUUCCCCUCCUCUACUGUGUCUCCCUGUUCUUCGCCCUCCAAAUCAUCCAGAACUUAACCAUGGCCAUCGGCCCGAUCGCGCACUACCACGAGAACUCGAAAUAUUACUCUGCGAUCAAGCCUCGACCCGAUAAAGAGCUGGACAAUAACCUUCCGCAUAUUACUAUUCAGAUGCCGGUAUAUAAGGAAAGUUUGGAUGCUGUUUUGGCGCCGUCAAUUAAGUCGUUGAAGAAGGCCAUGCACACGUAUGCGAGGCAGGGAGGAACGUCGACUAUUUUUAUCAAUGACGAUGGUCUUAGGCUGCUCCCUGCGCAUCAACGCGACGAACGUCUAGCAUUCUACGCAAACCACAACAUCGGAUGGGUUGCUCGGCCAAAACACGAUGCUACUCCAGGCGGUUUCAAGCGCGCUGGUCGGUUCAAGAAAGCGUCCAAUAUGAAUUACGGCUUGGCACUUUCGUUGAAGGCUGAGAAACACCUGGAAACGCUACUUGCCAACUCUCCUAAUCGGAUAUCCACCUCUUCAAACACGCACAAUCGGAGCCUGAGAAUGGCGAUCGAGGAGACGUGGGAGGAGAGUGGGCGGCGAUGGCGUCCGUGGGCUGCGAAUGGGCGUGCGACGCGGAUUGGCGAGAUUUUGUUGCUUGUGGAUUCGGAUACGGUUGUUCCGGAGGAUUGCUUGAGGGAUGCGGCGAGGGAGAUGAAAGCCUGUCCUACUGUUGCUAUUAUUCAGCAUGAGUCUGAUGUCAUGCAGGUUGCGCAUCAUUAUUUCGAGAAUGGUAUCGCCUAUUUUACGAAGAGGAUCAAUAGGUGUAUCUCGAUGGCAUGCGCGAAUGGUGAAGUUGCUCCUUUCAUGGGUCAUAACGCAUUUUUGCGAUGGAAGGCGAUUCAAGACGCUCUCUUUGUGGACCCUGUCGAUGGCAAGGAAAAGAUCUGGUCAGAGUCCAACGUUUCCGAGGACUUUGACAUGGCUCUCCGUCUCAUGCUAAAAGGCUAUAUCAUCCGAUGGGCGACGUAUUCCAAAGGAGCGUUCAAAGAAGGUGUAUCCUUGAGCGUCGAUGACGAAUUUAAUCGAUGGCAGAAGUAUGCCUAUGGAUGCAAUGAGAUGCUCUUCAAUCCUAUCAUCCAAUGGUGGCGCAAGGGUCCCAUUUCGCGCCAAAUUCAUCGGUUCUUGUGGAGCAAGGCCCCUAUUCACUACAAGAUUUCGAUGUUAGCAUACAUGUUCUCGUACUAUGGACUUGCUGGCUCGAUAACAAUCUCCAUUAUCAAUUAUGUUCUACUGGGCUUCCAGUUCCCCGUGGACGGCUUCUUCAUGCACAGUUUCGAGAUCUGGCUGGCAACUACGGCUGUCUUCUGGGGCUCUGGGACUAUCGGAUACACGCUUCUGGAAUAUAGGCUUGGUCACAAAAAGCUGCUUUACGCCCUCUUUGAGAAUUUGAUGUGGAUUCCAUUCUUCUUCUUUUUCUUUGCAGGUUUAUCGAUACCCAUCUCGCAAGCUAUCUUGGCCCACUUGUUUUCAUACAAUAUCCAAUGGUCGGCGACGAUCAAAGAAGUUCAGCUGUCCAAUUUUUUCAUAGAAAUUCCGAAGAUCGCUAGGAGAUUUUGGUUCCCUUUCUUGCUAUCCAUCGCAAUCAUUGCUGGUAUGAUUAUUUUGGCCACGCCCUUAGUGCCUUUAGACUGGCGGGUAGGAGCGUCUGGCUGGGCUGUGAUAUUCCCCCUCGCUCUCUCUGCUGGCUGUCAUAUCUUGUUCCCAAUUGUGUUGAAUCCGUGGCUCAUGGUGUUCUCAUACUGACACUGGACAUGUCGGACUUUUCAACAACUUGCGCAUUAUCCCUCCCAUCUUUUAUUGAUUCACCUCAGGACUGAUGUACUUUUCCCCCGUUAUCGUCCCUGGCUGAACUACUAGACACUCUGUAUGUUCAUUCAUUCUACAUACUUUACGCAUUGACUUUACGUACUUUACCCAUCCAUUUGCACGAUACCUACUUACAGCGGACACUAUACAACUCCGGACUUUUUUGUUUAGUACAGUUAAACUUGCCAAAACUUUUAGAGUUGUGGUUCUCAGA